GAACUGUGUAAAUGUAAAUAGUGGUAAAAGUGAAUGUUUAUAAAUUAAAAACUAUUAAUAAUGCAACACCUAAUACAAGCCAGUCCAAUAUUUGACAAAUUGAAACAUUUACAACAAGCAUUGUCAUACAGAAUUCAUCUUUCAACAUCACAAAAGGUUGUGUUAUGGAGCAUAGGUGUGGUUGGUACAAGUGCUGUUGUGGUAGGAGUGUUAUCCAGAUACCUCGCCAGGAGACGUGCGAAACCCAUCCUCAAUCCGAGAAUUCAGAGGGCACUUAAUAAAAGAAUUUCAAGAAUGCGAAGUCCAAAUGGAGGGAUGGGAUCAGCUGCUAGCAGCUGUGGCCGGAGUAGUCCCCUUGGGUUCAGUGAACGUCUCUCUAUGGCAUCAGGAUCUGUUGGUUCCGGUGGUGGUGAUGCAGCGCCGCUGUCACCGCAGCAGUUAGGUGUUAUGGGCAUGGAGGCGUUGGAGACGAGUAUUAACUAUUGGGAGGAUGCGCUGGCUGCGUUCUCGCUAGGCGCGCGCGGCGGCGUGUCGGGCACGCUCGCGCUCACCUCGCCAGAGGAGGCGGAGUUCUGCCGAGAGAUACAGGACCUGCUGCAGGACGCUUACCUAUUACAGGAGCGCUGCGAGCUACUGUUUCUGGAUCAGCGCUCUGUGCUGUUCCGUUCUGAGAGUGGUGGUGAGGCGGGGGCGGGGGCGGGGGCUGGGUCCGGAGCUGGUGCGGGGCGCACGCGGCUACUCUCGCACGCGCACUCCGGCUCCUCCCACACGCACACGCGAAGGGAACUGCACUCCAGUGCUGAGUCUUUCGCCUCCGCUGAAGAUCAGGUGGCAGAUUUGAGGGAAUUGGACGACUUCGGAGAGACGACGGAAACUGAUAAUUUGGAACUCUAUCAGAGUGCUGUUAAACAAUUGGAAGCCGGUAUUCCGUAUAGGACUCUGCGUACGGAGGUGGUGCAGUGCGGCUCGGACUCGGAGUUCCUGUGCAAGCUGGCGUGCCUGCGCGCGGCGAGCGCCCGCGUGUUCCGCGACGCCGCCGCCUGGGCCUGGUUCGUGGACGCCGGCAGACAGGUCCUCACUGACCUCCUGCUCUUCGCUGACAAGGAGCCGAAAGAAUUUCUAGUCGCAUAUGAAGAAAUGGUGUCAUGGGCGACGGACGCCGCUAAUUGGUCAACUAUAGAAAAAGAAUUGACUAGUAAGGGAGUAAAGGUGCUGUCGUUCUACGACGUGGUGUUAGACUACAUCCUGCUGGACGCGUUCGAGGACCUGGCGGCGCCGCCCUCCUCCGUGCUGGCCGUCGUGCGCAACCGCUGGCUCUCCGAUGGCUUCAAGGAGAGCGCUCUGACGACGGCGGUGUGGUCAGUGAUCAAAGCGAAGCGGCGCUACCUGCAGUACCCGGACGGGUUCAUGUCGCACUUCUACUCCAUCUCCGAGCACCUGCUGCCGGUGCUGGUGUGGGGCUUCCUCGGGCCGCGCGAGCGCCUGCGCGACAUCUGCCACGCCUUCCGCACCGAGGUCGUCGGCUUCAUCACUGACCUCUUCAGCUUCACCAAGUGCAGGUACACCAACGACGAGGAGCUGGCCGAGGACAUCCUGCAGCACGCCAGGUCCAGGGUGGCCAACAUCACCGACAAACUCUCCGAAAGGAACUAGUUUACUGCAUAAAGUUAACGCGCGUUACUAAAUUUAGGAAAUUUGUCUCCUAAAGUUUAUCAUAUUGACAAUGACGUCAACUUAGCUGACAAAAAAAUCUGGAAUAUGAAGGAAAUAUCAAUUAAAAAGUAAUUUGGUUGCGGAUGUAUAAUUAUAUCUUAUGACUUCUGGAUAUUUUAAAAGCAUGAAUAAAAUAAAUGUCUUAGGACAAUAAUUGCUUAAAAUCUAUGUUCAAUUUGUAAAUGUUUGAACAAGCUAUAUACUUGUACUAUUUAAAGAAUACAAUAACAUUUCUAAAGAGAUCAAAGGCUUGGCGAUAAAUAUUUUUUUCAAUACAGCAAACUUAGUUUGUCUAUUGACCCCAUUAUAUGUAGGGCACACGGAAAAUUUACCUAAGAAAAGCUUUGAAGUGUAACAAAAUUAUGAAUUUAUGUACAGUCGGGGAAACUGGCGAUGCUCCAUCUUAAUAACUACAAUUAUUGAACAUCGCCUAUUUUUUUUGUUAUCCUUUCGUUUGCACUCACUGCUAAUUAGUUAUUUGUAGGGAGAUGCGAAGUUUGUCUAGUUGCAAUGGAUAAGGCAAUUAUUUCUAAAGUGGAACACCGUGGAUUUCCGCGAUUGUACUCAAUUAGCCAUUUUUCGGGUCUAUGUUGAAUCUUUGGUUUAUCGUUAAAUUUUUUUUUUAAAGAUAAUUUGAGUUUUUAACCCUAAACCAGACAAUUUUUGUAACAUAAAUAUUUACGAUGUAUCCCUAAAUAUUCUAUGUUGAAUUUGUGUUAUAUUUAAGUGAAAAUGUUUUAAAUUUAUUAGCUUGAACAAAUGUUAGGUUUAUUAUUAUAAGGCAUAUAUUGACCUCAGCUAAACCCAUUUAUGUAUUUGGUCUACUACACAUCAAUUUUAACUGAAUAGUCGAAAUGUACAUUUUAUACUACUGUUGCCUAUGUCUAGGGCAUCGCUUCGCUAUUGUGGCGAAAAAGUGACUGUUUUUCUCUUUUGUAAACAUGUAAAAAAAACUUACGUGUUUGACAGUUAAAGUGACAUUGCUCGUCUUAACAGUUCGAUUUUUCUAUUAAAAUUGGAUUGUUUAUUCUUUAAAAUUAAACCUGAUUUCACAGACCAGUAUUGCUUCGAUUUGUUAAUACCUAAUUGUAUUUAAAAACCAUUUAUUGUUAAGAUUAAUUGCAUUUAGACAUAAAAUGUAAAUAUUUAUUGUAGUAACUGCCAAUAAUUUCGAUGUAAUAGUUUUU